AGCGGGGUCGCUGAGGGAGGAUGAUGUGCGAGGUGAUGCCCACCAUCAGCGAGGACACCCUCACCCAGAGGGGCUCCCAGAACGGCGCCGAGGACGCCAAUUUCGAGCAACUGAUGGUGAACAUGCUGGACGAGCGGGACAAGCUGAUGGAGACCCUGCGGGAGACGCAGGAAACUUUGUCCCUGACUCAGGAGAAGAUGCAAGAGGUAGCCCACGAGAGAGAUCUGCUGCAGCGCCAGUUGAAUUCAGCUUUACCUCAGGAGUUUGCUGCACUAACAAAGGAGUUGAAUGCCUGCAGGGAACAACUUUUGGAGAAAGAGGAGGAGAUCUCUGAACUGAAAGCAGAGAGGAACAAUACUAGACUAUUACUUGAACAUCUGGAGUGCCUUGUGUCGAGACAUGAGCGAUCUCUACGAAUGACUGUGGUCAAGCGGCAAUCACAAUCUCCGUCGGGUGUGUCCAGUGAAGUAGAAGUUCUAAAGGCACUGAAGUCAUUAUUUGAACAUCAUAAAGCUUUGGAUGAAAAGGUUCGGGAGCGUCUUCGAGUUGCAUUGGAGAGAGUAUCGACACUAGAAGAACAACUGUCUUCAGCCAAUCAGGAGAUGACUAUACUGAGGCAACAGACUGUGCACACGCAAAGGAAAGCAGGAGCUAGUGAGCAUGCAGAAGAUAGACAAAUUUCAGACAGCAGUGAACCUACUCAGAAACCAACAUGGAAGAGACUUUCAAAUGGAUCAAUUGAUCCCAACGAUGAGGUCAGCCAGGUUGUGGAGAUGCAGGAUUUACUGGAGAAACAGAACUUUGAGGUGACCCAGAUGAAAGAGCGUGUGUCUGUCCUAUCAGCACGUGUGGCAGAGCUGGAGGAAGAUCUGGACACUGCCAGGAAAGAUUUGAUCAGAUCAGAGGAAAUGAAUAACAAGUACCAGCGAGACAUCAGGGAGGCAAUGGCACAGAAGGAAGAUAUGGAAGAAAGAAUCACAACACUUGAAAAGCGUUAUUUGGCUGCACAGAGAGAGUCCACGUCAGUGCACGAUCUUAAUGACAAACUUGAAAAUGAACUUGCAAAUAAGGAGUCUCUACACCGCCAGAGUGAAGAGAAGAAUCGACAUAUCCAAGAACUGUUGGAGUUGGCUGAGCAAAAGCUACAACAGACGAUGAGGAAGGCUGAGACAUUGCCUGAGGUGGAGGCUGAACUUGCACAACGGGUUGCAGCUUUAACCAAGGCAGAAGAGAGGCAUGGGAGCAUAGAAGAGCGCUUAAGACAACUGGAGAGCCAACUAGAAGAAAAAAAUCAAGAACUUGGAAGGGCUCGCCAACGGGAAAAGAUGAACGAAGAGCAUAACAAACGCCUGUCAGACACAGUGGAUCGACUGCUCUCGGAAUCAAAUGAAAGACUCCAACUCCACCUGAAGGAGCGAAUGGCUGCUCUGGAAGAGAAAAAUACAUUAAUACAAGAGGUGGAAAGCACAAGAAAACAACUAGAGGAAUAUCAUCAGGACAAGGAGAGACUGGCAAAUGAAAUUGGCAAGUUAAGGGCAGAAGUGGAGCAGCUGAAACUGAGGACAGGAGCAUUUGCAGAAAGUGUGCAUCCACGAUCUCACUUGGGCAGCUCAACAGAUCUGAGAUAUCCACUUGGUUCUGUCGUAGAAGCACCAUCCGAUCAUUAUGGGACACCAACAGUGCUGCGACGAGCUCAGAAAGGGCGUUUCACACCUCUGCGGGAUGAACCGACCAAGAUUCAGACUCUAAAUGAGCAGGACUGGGAAUGUGCUCAGCAGGCAAACAUAAUGACCAGUGUGACGCACACCUUUGAAAGUGACCCAGAAAUGUCUGAUGUUGAUGAUGAAGAUGGAGACACCAUGUUCAGUUCAGCAGACCUGCUUUCACCUAGUGGACACUCAGAUGCUCAGACUCUAGCCAUGAUGCUGCAGGAGCAACUUGAUGCCAUCAAUAAAGAAAUCAGAAUGAUCCAAGAGGAGAAGGAGUCCACUGAGCAAAGAGCUGAGGAGAUAGAGUGCCGUGUGGGUAGUGGAAGCAUGGAUGGGCUAAAUUUAACACGAAUUCGAACAGGGACCUCCAUUCCAACUUCUCUCACUGCCCUAUCUCUUGCCAGUUCUUCACCACCUGUCAGUGGGCGGUCCACACCCAAACUUACUCCACGCAGCUCCUCACAUGACCUGGACCGGAAGGGCAUCAUGACACUGCCUAGUGAUUUAAGGAAACACCGUCGGAAGUCUUCAAUAGCAAGGGAUGACAACCGUGAAGAUAAAACCACAAUAAGAUGUGAAACAUCCCCUCCUUCCUCACCAAGGACCAUGAGGUUGGAAAAGCUUGCGCACACACUCCAAUCAACCAGUCAAGAAGAAGGUCGUGGAUCUCUGAACAUCAAUCUUGAAUUGGCUAGCAAUCCCAGCAGCAACAACAGCAGCCAGGACUCACUGCAUAAAGCCUCAAAGAAGAAGGGCAUUAAAUCAUCUAUAGGGCGCCUGUUUGGGAAGAAGGAGAAGGCACGACUUGGCCAGCUUGGAAAGGAAAUGGCUUCAGUUCACGGUGGCAUAUUGGAUACAGAAAUGGGCAUCCAGGACUCCCUUACUCUGGGCAAACUUGGAACACAAGCAGAGAGGGAUCGAAGGCUAAAGAAGAAGCAUGAACUACUGGAAGAUGCGCGGAGAAAGGGUAUGCCAUUUGCACAGUGGGAUGGACCAACAGUAGUAUCAUGGCUAGAGCUGUGGGUGGGAAUGCCAGCCUGGUACGUAGCUGCCUGUCGAGCCAACGUGAAGAGUGGUGCUAUCAUGUCUGCCUUGUCUGACACAGAGAUACAAAGGGAGAUUGGAAUCAGUAAUCCCCUUCAUCGAUUGAAACUCCGACUGGCAAUACAGGAGAUGGUGUCAUUAACAAGUCCAUCAGCACCACCCACAUCCAGAACGGAGAAUGAGGAAGGCAGUUGGGCUCAGACUUUGGCUUAUGGAGACAUGAACCACGAGUGGAUUGGUAAUGAAUGGCUUCCCAGCCUUGGGUUACCCCAGUAUCGCAGCUACUUCAUGGAGUGCCUGGUGGAUGCACGAAUGCUUGACCACCUCACCAAGAAAGACCUGCGGAUGCAUCUGAAGAUGGUUGACAGCUUUCAUCGCACUUGUUUACAUUACGGCAUCAUGUGUUUGAAGAGAUUGAACUACGACAGGAAGGAUCUAGAGCGGAGGCGAGAAGAAAGCCAGCUUGAAAUUAAAGAUGUGUUGGUGUGGACUAACGACCAAGUCAUUCACUGGGUGCAGUCUAUUGGACUACGGGAGUAUGCCAACAACAUUGUCGAAAGUGGGGUGCAUGGUGCCUUGAUCGCACUGGAUGAAAAUUUUGAUUACAACAGUCUAGCUUUAUUGUUACAAAUACCCACACAAAAUACACAAGCAAGACAGGUCUUGGAGCGUGAAUUCAACAACCUGUUGGCCUUAGGAACUGAGCGGAAGUUGGAUGAUGGCGAUGACAAAAGUUUUAGACGGGCACCAUCAUGGCGAAAGCGUUUUCGACCACGAGAAAUCCACGGUAUCACCAUGAUGGCAGGGUCUACAGAAACACUACCUGCAGGGUUCAGGGUUACAGCAAUGUCCAGCCCAGCUCCAUCAGUACAACCGAAGAAAAUUCAACCAGAAGUCGGCACAUCAGGGACACAGAGGUUAGACACAUCAACAGUCCGCACUUACUCCUGCUGACAGCCAGGUCAGUCAGGGAGUCAGCAGUCAUUACCAUCCAUUCCCACUACCUGUAUGGACACAUGCUGGCUGCCUUUCGGGAAUAAUCCACUCCAUCUCUGUGAGAUCAACA